AUGGUUAUUAACGCUCUUAAAAAAUGUCAGAACCAGGACAUGGCCGCAUUCUUGCAGCUUAUUGUACAGACAGGAUUCAGCUUAAAAGUUAAGUGGCUGUUGACAAGCCAGCCGAUCAAUAGUGCUGGACGUGAGCUGCUUAGCGCAUCUGACCAGGUGAUGGUUAGCUUAGAGCUGAACUUAAGCCAUGUUUCUAAAGCAGUCAAGAGCUAUAUUGCUAAAAAGGUGUUUUAG